CUCAACUUCAACCAGCGCCGGCAGCACGCUCGUAUCUUGCAGCACAAUGAAGGCAUUUAGGUCUUUCAAUCAGCGGUAUCUAUGCCGCCGCUGCAACCCUCAUCUGCGCCACUCCGCUCAAUCAUUAAAUUUGUCGCGCCUCUCAUCCACGCUCGCAAGCAGCAAGCCCACAAACUUCAGCUGGUUUUUCUUCCACAACGAUAGAUGGGGAACAAAUCCAGAACUUUGGCGGUCGCAUUUGGGCGAUGCCAUGCCCCCGCCCAUAACACAAGCGAUAGCCACACAGACCCUCGACAUGUCACAGUAUCCCCCUUCAUCCGCCGUCUAUCCGUAUAAGCAAACAGAAGCAAUGACCAGUCGCCAGCUCCUCAAAGUCUAUUGGCAGCUUUCGAAACCCCACCUGAGCAUGUUCGUCAUCCUCGCAGCAAUGUCGGGUGUGGCCCUCUCGCCUCUUCCAACUACCGUGCCCGUACUCCUAUCCACUGCUAUCGGCACGGCCCUCUGCUCGGCAUCUGCGAAUUCACUGAAUCAAAUCCAAGAGGUCCCCUUCGACGCUCAGAUGGCUCGCACGCGCGGGAGGCCCCUUGUGCGACAUGCUAUAAGUCCACUGCAUGCCACCGGCUAUGCUGUCCUUACGGGCAUCGCGGGACCGGCUCUUUUGUGGACAAUGACAACCCCAACCACAGCCCUAUUAGGAGCGGCCAAUAUUGCUCUUUACGCAGGCGCAUAUACCUGGCUAAAGCGCAAGAGCGUGGUCAAUACCUGGGUUGGUUCAGUGGUCGGCGCUUUGCCGCCACUCAUGGGAUGGACAGCGUGCGGUGGCACCCUGUUCCCGUCUUCCGCCCACCCUAUAGAGAUCGUCCUUCCAUCUUUUUUGUCAGCGGUCUCACUUGAUCUGCAUGCCAUUGACAACCCGCUCGCACCUCUCGCGUUGUUCAUCUUUAUGUUCUGCUGGCAGUUCCCGCAUUUCAAUGCCCUGUCACACCUCCUACGGGAGUCCUACGCACAGGCUGGAUAUCGCAUGCUCUGCGUGCUAUCACCAACCAAAAAUGCUCUCGUCGCCCUCCGCUAUGCUCUCCUUCCCAUCCCUCUCUGCUCUAUCCUCAUUCCACUAUCGGGACUCACAUCCUGGACGUUCGCAAUCGUCAGUCUCGUGCCGAAUGCGAUUUGCGCGGAGGCCGCGUGGAGGUUUUGGCGGAACGGACGGGACAAGGACGCUCGUCGUUUGUUCCAGCAUAGUCUUUGGUAUCUCCCAGUCAUGCUUGGACUUAUGAUGAUAUGCAAACGAGGUUUGGACUGGGGUUCGUGGUUGGGCACGCAGGAGGAUGGGGAGGACGAGGCUCGCGAAUCAUCAUCAAUCACGAAGGCGUAGGUCAAUGGACGGGAUGAUUGCUUCAUAUCAAUGU